CUCACAACCUCUUCAGCCUCAUUCCGCCCGGCGCCCACUGCAACGCUUCUUUGUUUCUACGCCUCCAUCUAGAUUAGAUCUGCAUCUACACCUUCGCGCCGCGCAUCACCCCCCGCGUCACCGCCCGUCUGCCCGUCGCGUUUCCAUUCUCUCGCUGCGACACGUCUUCCGGUCCCGACAUCGUUCAAUCCGCACAAAUCGCAUCCUCUUCACGUGGCCGUCCGUUGCUCAAAAAAACAUGCCUACUCACCCGCGCACCUCUCGCCCCAAGCCGCCGCCGCCCGGCAACGAAGAGGCCUCGGCCAACCUCAAUCUCGGCGAGUUCCAGAACGUCGACACCUUGACCCUCUCCGAAGCCUCCCUCGUCCUCAACGCCCUCGUCGCCAAGCGUCGAAACGACCGCAAGAAUGUGAACGAGACCGAAAUGCUGAACCAGACGCUUAACUACCUGGACCAUUUCGCCCGAUUCACUCAGAAGGAGAACGUCGAGGCCGUCGAACGCCUGCUCAGUGCGCAUAAGGACCUGGCCAAGUUUGAGCGUGCACAACUCGGUUCUCUAUGCUGCGAGAAUGCCGACGAGGCUAAGACGCUGAUCCCGUCGCUGGCCGACAAGAUCAAGGACGAGGACCUCCAGGACCUGCUCGAUGAGAUUUCCAAGCUGCAAAACCGGUAAUCCAGUCGCAAUUCACAACCGGAAACGGAAACAACGAAAACACCACUUGAUAUUCCACAGCGUGUUGAAUUAUUUACUUAAGGGGAUAAAGACUUUAAAAAGGAUGGGAUAAGACGGUUCCACGCCCCUCGGGCCAACUUUUUGCAUUUCAGGCGUAUGGCAGGUAGGGCUCUACAGACACAGACACAACCACAACACAAACACGCGAGUACGUGAGAGAACAAUCACCCCGUACUUGGAAAGAAAGGCAAUCUCCUGUACUAUUGAUCUCAUGACGAAAGACGAAAUGAAAUUGUUAGUUUCUUAUAUAGGUCGAGACCCUUUUUGCCGGCGGACUAGAUCCGUGCCAUUGCCACAUCGAAGCCUCUUCCAACUUCAAACCGUUUCCAUGAUAUCAAGCCGGGCCGUACACUUAAACAGGGUAUUAAUCUAUGCGCAGCUCCAGAAAAUGCUCAUCAAAAUCAAACCCCCUUGGUAUCGAA